AUGUCACUUUUCGCCUCCAGGUUGCUGCUCGUUGGAGCCUUCCUGGUAACCUCAUCGAUCGCUGAGGAUCUCGUCCCUGGCAAUGUUGCGACUCCUAAGGAACAAGCCACGACCGUCAACUCGGAGGGCGUCGUGGUGACAACCCACGUCGAGAAUGCCGUUGGAGACAAGCUGGACUUCAACGGAGAGCACUUCUUUGGGCGCGAUCAAGCACAACACGACUACAACCGGCAGGCUCAUCUGAAGCUAGAGUACGUCCGGAAUCAGGAUCCUCAACUACAUCUCACCACCGUUCCCCCGGUACCACUUCCGAUGCCAGUUGAACCGGAACCGGAUACUCCGUAUCCACUUCCGACGUUCCCCGCUGAACCGGAUCCUUCCGUGAACCUUUGGAAUGAACCAGUGCAGGUGUUGGUUGGAGUAGUGCCGGAAGAACCGCUGUACACCCUGAACGAGGUGUUUCUCGUGCAAUCGAUGGAGCCCUACCCUGUCCUGAAAGUGAAGGCUGGACGUUAUACUGCGCCUACUGGAGUCGUCAAUCGAGGAUCGCUUAAAUUCGCUCACAGUUACCAGGAUACGGGUGAUGGCCGACUGCGGAAUGACGUCGAUUCUGUCGUUGUGCCGUCAGAAGGACAACCGGGAGAGCUCACCCAGAUCGUGGUGUGUACCGUAGAUUGCCACACGCUGGAAGAGAAGGUUCCGGCACCGAAAAGCUCCGUCAUGGAGAUCCCAAGCGAUGGACGGUUGUGGACGGCCAAAUCUUUCGACGACAUCCCAGGACCGAGAGGACCGUUUGGAUUAGGAAAUCUUUAUCAAUACCUUCCCGGAAUAGGACGAUACAGCUUCGAUGAACUGCAUCGAUCUGGUGAAGCUAAGUAUCAGAAGUAUGGACCAAUCGUACGAGAAACGAUGGUUCCGGGGAGCGAUAUCGUUUGGCUGUACGAUCCGGAGGAUGUAGCCGCCGUUUUGGGUGAUCAAACGCCCGGUAUGUAUCCGUCGCGGCGAAGUCAUACAGCGCUGGAAAAAUACCGAAAGGAUCGCCCUAACGUUUAUCGUACGGCAGGGUUGUUACCAACAAAUGGACUUGAAUGGUGGAAAAUUCGAUCGGAACUACAAAAAGGACUCAGCUCACCGCAAAGUGUACGGAAUUUCUUGCCAGCUACCGAUAAAAUCACGAAAGAAUUCGUUGCACGACUUAAAUCUAAAACAGGACAACAUCAAGACAAUACCGCUGAGAGCAUUUUGAUAGAGGACUUCAUGCCGGAUAUUUCACGAUUGAAUUUGGAACUGAUCUGUUUGCUAGCUUUCGACGUGCGACUCGAUAGCUUCUCCGAGGAGCAAAUGCAUCCAAAUUCCAUGUCAUCCCGAUUGAUGGAGUCCGCCGAAACGACCAACUCAUGCAUCCUGCCCACGGAUCAAGGAUUUCAGCUGUGGCGCUUCUUUGAAACACCCGCUUACAGGCGCUUGCGUAAGGCGCAGGAAUUCAUGGAAAAAACUGCUGUCGAGCUCGUGUCCCAGAAGCUGCUGUACUUCGACGAAGAUCAGCAACGACUGGCUAGCGAUGCGCACGGCUCCAAAUCGCUCAUGGAGGAAUACCUGCGCAAUCCCAACCUGGAGCUGAACGACAUUAUUGGCAUGGCGGCAGAUUUGUUGCUAGCAGGUGUGCACACGACCAGUUACACUACCGCCUUCGCCCUUUACUAUUUGGCACUGAACCGUACUACCGUCCAGGAUCGGUUGUUUCAGGAGGCGAAGAAAAUUCUACCUGAUUCCCGUGAAAACCGCAUCGGAGCUGCUGUGUUGGGUUCCGAGGCGUCGUACUGCCGGGCAGUGCUUAAGGAAUCGUUACGUUUAAAUCCCAUCUCAAUCGGCGUGGGCCGCAUCCUGAAUCGUGACCACGUGCUCGGAGGGUAUUGUGUGCCUCGCGGGACGGUGGUCGUGACGCAGAACAUGAUUUCCUGCCGCCAGGAAGCGUACUUCCGUGAGCCGUAUAGCUUCCGGCCUGAGCGAUGGAUGCGUGAAACAAAGGAACCUGUUAGUCCGCAUUUGGUCCUACCGUUCGGACAUGGCAUGCGAUCGUGCAUUGCACGUCGUCUGGCCGAGCAAAGCAUGCUUGUGCUGCUCUUAAGGUUAGUACGAUCUUACGAAAUUGAAUGGGCCGGAAACGUCCCAAUGGAUGUGAAAACGAAGCUUAUCAACCAGCCGGACCAACCGAUAAAAUUACGUUUGAAACCGAGACCAUCGUAA